AUGGACCAGCGCCCGCCAUGGUCUCGCUGGCUGCUCGGCCUCGUGCUGCCGAGCAGACUGAGCGACUCGCUCUGUGUCGGCUCUCCGCAGCUCAUGUUCGUCGACCCCGUCAACCCAACUGAAGCAGAGGUCAAGAUCCUCAAGGCAUACGGUAUCCAACCGCAGGUCCCGUCCGACCACCUCGUCACGCCGGCGAGCGACGCUGCUACCACGUCGACAGGCCGCUCCAACCCGCCGCCGCCAGCCAGGGCACCGGCAACACCCUCACCGCUACCCUCACAUCCGGCCGUCGUUACGGGCGAGAGUGCGACCGCCGCCGCCGGCACCAACAAUACAAAGUCGGCCCCAGUGGCCUCAGGGCACAGGUUGACUUUGAGCGGCACGGUGCGGCGGCCAAAGGUCCUCAACAAGCUGCCCCUCGGUCCUCUGGGUGGAGGCGGAGCCAGCAGCCCAAGCACAGUCGACGACUAUGAGCCCCCCUUUGGCUGCAUCGGCACGGGACGAGCCGUCAACCCUACCUUGACCACCAUGGAGAAGGCGGCGUCCAAUGCCCUUUACUUUGAGCAAUACUAUGACGCUCUUGCACGUAACGGUGCCAGCAACGGCGGCGCAGGCCCAAGUCUGAACCUGCGCGCCUCGAGGAGGGAGAGGAGGGGGCGCGUGACGUCGUCCGCGUUCGAGUUUGGCCGCGUCAUUGGGCAGGGCGCGUUUGGUGUCGUCCACAUUGCAACGGAGCGGAAGAGUGGCCGGAUCUGCGCCAUCAAGCAGCUGAGGAAGACUGACCUCCUCCGCAUGGGCCAGGAAGGUCACGUCCGUGCUGAAAAGGACCUGCUUUCAGCAGCCUGCGUCAGCGACGGACCCACAUGGAUCCCGCGUCUCUACUAUUCGUUCCAGGACCAGGACUACCUCUACCUGGCUCUCGAGUACAUGGGCGGCGGCGACCUCCUCACGUUGCUCAUGAGCCAAGGAUCGCUGCCCGAGGGUGCGGUCCGUUUCUAUGCUGCCGAAAUGGUCCUCGCCUUGCACCAAACCCACCAGCUGGGCUAUAUUCACCGCGACGUCAAGCCCGACAAUUUCCUCUUUUCGGGCGAGGGCCAUAUCCGCGUCGCAGACUUUGGUCUCGCCACAGACUUGCACUGGGGCCACGACUCGGCAUACUACGAACACCAGCGCCGGGCCGUCCUCAAGCGCCACGGUGUGGCUCUGUCGCGCCCAGCGUUCGGCAACCGCCGUCGACGGAUCGAGAAUGUUCCCGGCGGUGGGGUCGGUGGCGGGCUGGGCGGGUCCAGCGGCGACUCUAUGUCGCGCAAGUUUUCCCUCUCGUGGCGCAACAGCAGCAAGAGCAGGCGCAAGAUGGCGUACACGAUCUGCGGAACAAACUCGUACAUGGCCCCCGAAGUCAUUCGUGGCCAAGGAUACGGGUUCAGUGCCGACUGGUGGGGGCUGGGCAUCAUCGUCUAUGAGGCGCUGUAUGGUACCGUCCCGUUUGUGGGGUCGUCGAGGCAGGCUGCCAGGCAAAAGAUUCUUGACUGGAAGAACUCGCUCGUGUUCGCCAAGACCAGCCGCAUCUCGCCGCUCGCUGUCGAUUUCAUGAAGCGCCUGCUGUGCGAGCCCGAAGAGAGACUGGGAUACGUCCCAUCCAGGUGGCGGGCGGCGCCGGACGAGGGUCCGCUCGGGCCCGACGGUGUCGAGCAGCUCAUGGCCCACCCGUGGUUUGACGGCGUGGACUGGGACAACAUCCACCACGUCCCACCGCCAUACCAGCCCAACCUCGUGGCGGCGGAUGACACCCGCCACUUUGACGAAGAUAUCCCAGACGAGCCGCUGGCCCCAGCCAACAGCACCCUCGACUUGCGCGACCCGUUGCUCGGUGACGCCAUGCACGGCGCCGACGUGCUCAAGAUCCGUAAAGACUUGGCCUUUAGGGGAUGGUCCUUCUGCUCCCCGGCUGCGUCUGAACCCGUCUCCCCAGCCUCCACUACCACCCCUAUUCCUGUACCAAUGAUGGACCGGUCCUGCCCGGGACUGACCGUCACCACAUCUGCGGGCAGCCUCUCGUCCGAAGGCUUGACGCUGUCCGCCACGGUCUCUGCCUCGUCGUCCGACAAUCGCCACAAGUACACCUCGUCCGAGGAGCCUGUCUCCGAUACCGAAGUCACUGGCCAGUACGCCGACUGGGAAGCCCCCCUGCGCGUCCGCGUCAAUGUCAACACUAUUUCCCGUGUGCCCGGGGCGGUCGACCUGGACGACGUGGAUGACGGAUACGUCGACGACGACUCCUUUGAGCUCGUCACUGAGCCUCUGGGCACCGUCCGCCCAAGCUGUGUGCCGGACGGCAAAGAGGUGAUCAACCAGUACGAACAUGCCGAAGCGGGCACGUUGCGCGCGCGGGCCCGGUCGCUUCCCCCCGUCAACAUGGCCGUUCAAUGGCGAUAA